UGAGUGCAGUGCCUUCGCUCCAUGUCUUGCUUCCCUCGUUUGCCCCUCUCUAAUUUCGGCUUUGUGUCCCAAUAGCCAGCGCAGUUAUUUCCCCUCCCUUCCUUGCGAAUAUUUAUUCUGUUGUUUCUCUACUCUAUCAUUUCGAGCCGCUCCCUCCUUCCCUCUUCAUAUCCUUUGAAGCUGCCCCCGAUGUCGCAGUUAGUGAACUUGUGAGCAAAGACAUGAUGACUCAAACCUCGAUAUUCGAGCUGCUCGCCUUCUGGCAUCCACAUCCUCGUCCGUCCCUUCCUCGCACUGAUGAUCUCUAUUGGUGGGUCGCGUUCUGAGGUUACUACCGCAUUGCUGUCACCAUUGGGCUUUGCAUGUCCAAUACAGCCCGUUGUCAUCCUCCUCCAGUCUAGCAGCACAACAGACACCCGCUUGGCGAGUGCAGACUCACCCAGGCUGACAUCCGUUCCCGACCGAGUAAAGCAUAUAUUCCAAACGUGGUGGCGAAGGACACUGCGCUUUUACGGCCGGUCAGAAUCCAUGAGAUCCAGGAAAGGGAAGGAGAAACAGGAGGGCUGGGCAAAGCGGGGAUGCAGCUUCCAUGCAGCGACAAGCAUCAUCAUUCCACUUGCAAAACCUUCAGUUGGGUUAUGGGUCGGGGGUUUCGGCUUUUGUUGUAGCUAUGUCAUUGUUUGCUUUCUUCGAUACUGUUUCAUGGGAGGCUUUUACGAAAUAGGAGGCGGCUUUCAAGGAAAUCAUACGAGACAGUGGAAACGGAAGGAGAAAAGGCUUAAUUUGACAACAGCAAUCAGAGGAAAAAUACAGGUAGAUAGAAGCACGCGAAUGGCUGCAGAACAGGAAUGCACGACAGGGUUUCGACAAAAUGUUGUUGGUCGCAUCUCCCCCCCCCUACACACACUUCCUCCUUGGAGAAAGGAGUCGGAUGGCUCUCACUCAGCCAAGCUGUAGCUGCGUCACGAGCAUCGAAGGGAGAAAGGGCUUCGCGGGAGAUCAUAAACGAAAGGGAGGUGUGACAGAAGAUCGGAUUGCGGGUGGAC